CGGGGCUGCGGUGCGGUUUGAUGACAUAGCAGGGCAGGAUUUGGCAAAACAGGCACUGCAGGAAAUCGUUAUCCUGCCUGCUCUUCGUCCAGAGCUGUUUACUGGUCUCAGGGCUCCCGCUAGAGGACUCCUGCUCUUCGGCCCCCCUGGAAAUGGGAAGACCAUGCUGGCGAAAGCUGUUGCAAUGGAAUCUAACGCUACGUUUUUCAACAUCAGUGCUGCCAGUCUCACCUCCAAAUAUGUGAGUAUUCAUGAGAUGUUGCCUAGAGAUGGUCUAAAGUUAGCCUAAUUAGGGGCCAAGCACCAAUGGUGUGUAGCCCCUCUAGCGUUUGCUAGUUUUCUUAUUAUUAUUCAUCCUAUGCAAAGUUAGCAAUGUUGACCCAAAAUUGGAUGAGACAGUGACUUUUCAGUUUAUUAAAAUGAAACAUUGCACGCUUCUUUAGCACCAUGAUCUGAGGGUACCUGCCAAAUUUGGUGACCGCCACACCUUGGAAUCGGAAAAAUGGCUAUUUUUCUUUGAGUCAUGUCGAAUCUAUCAAAUACUUUUCCAGGAUUGGAUGAAUUUCCUGUCCGCCAUUUUGAAAUUUGUUGUAAUUAUCAAUAUUAUCUUGUCGUCACUUGUAUGGCUCAUUGACAGCACAUCCUGUUGUUACCUGAGACGUUUGAAGAGAGCGCCACCUAGUGUUUCAAAGAUUUUUUGCGCCCAAAAAGUCUAUAACUUUUGAAAUAAUUGUCCAAAAAUAUUUUCUUGGUGUUGUUGUGUUGCUAAUCUGU